UCUCUCAGAUAGAAAAUGAAAAACAGACAUAUAAAAGUGUUUUUAGGCAGCUUGUACUACUUAAGAAGUAUCAGUACUAAGCAUGAUCUUCCAUUAAAACCCCAAAAAAUGAACCCUGUAAAAGUAAAACCCAUCUCUCCCUUCAGGAUCUCCUCUCUCCUUCGCCUCCAAAAGGACCCAAACCUUGCUCUCCACCUCUUCCAAAACCCAAACUCUAACUCUAACUCUAACGCUAAUCCCACCAAGGCAAAGCCAUUCCGCUACCCCCUCGUCUCCUACGACCUCAUCAUCACCAAGCUUGGCCGAGCCAAAAUGUUCGACGAAAUGGAGCAAAUUCUCGACCAGCUCAAACACGAAACUCGCUUCUCUCCCACCGAAAUCAUCUUCUGCAAUGUCAUCUCCUUCUACGCCCGAGCCCGCCUCCCCGACCGAGCUAUCCACACGUUUUUUCGAAUGCCCGAUUUUCGUUGCCACCGGACUGUUAAAUCUCUCAAUUCGCUCCUGAAUGGGCUCUGUAACUGUGGAGAAUUUCGCAAACUGAGAGAAAUGUUUCUGGGUUUUCAUAAAUAUGGAGCCCCAGAUGUUUGUACGUAUAAUAUAUUGAUUAAGGCUUGUUGUAGGAGUGGUAGGUUGGAGGAUGCGCGGUACGUGUUCGAUGAAAUGCAGAGGAGAGGUGUUUGUCCCAGUGUGGUGACUUUCGGGACUUUGAUUCAUCAGCUUUGUUUGAACUUUAGGUUGGAAGACGCUUUUAAGUUGAAAAAUGAUAUGAUGAGAGUUUAUGGUGUUAUGCCUAAUGCGUUUGUUUAUACCUCAUUGAUUAAAGGGGUUUGUGGGAUAGGUAAAUUGAGUUUGGCUUUUAAGCUUAAGGAGGAGAUGGUGAGAAACAAGUUGAAAUUGAACUCAGCAGUGUAUUCUACUUUGAUUAGUGUGCUUUUUGAGGUUGGGAGGAAAGAAGAGGCUUUGGGGCUUUUGGAGGAAAUGAAAGGCUUUGGGUGCAUGCCUGAUACGGUGACUUAUAAUGCGAUGAUUAGUGGGUUUUGUAAGGAGAGGAAUUCUGAAGCAGCAUUUAGAAUUUUGGAUGAGAUGGUAGAGAAGGGGUGUAAGCCAGAUGUUAUUAGCUAUAAUGUAAUAAUUGGUGGAUUGUGUAAGGAGGGGAAAUGGAGUGAAGCAAGAGAUUUGCUUGAAGAUAUGCCGAGACGUGGCUUUCCUCCUGAUGUGGUGUCGUACCGGACACUUUUUGAUGGGCUUUGUGAUUGUAGGCAGUUCAAGGAAGCAGCAUUUAUUUUAGAUGAAAUGAUAUUCAAACGUUUUGUGCCUCGUCUUGCAAGUGUAAAUAUACUUGUUGAUAGGUUGUGUCAUGAAGUUAAUUUGGAGUUGUUAAUGUCUGUAUUGGAUAGUCUAGGAAAAGGAAAUUUUAUUGGUGUGGAUACCUGGAAGAUGGCAGUUAACAUGGCAUGCAAGAAAAAUAAGCUGUCAAAUUCCUCUGACAUUAUUGAUACUUUGGUAAUGCCAUAAUUUUUUGCUGUGCUGAUCAGCUUAAGCGUGCAUUUUCUUUUUCCAAUUAAAUACUUGCUUCUUAAUUUCUUCUAUCUUCUCAUGGAUGAUGAAUUUCAGACUUAAUUUAAUUGUGCUUAGAAGUUUCUCUAUGCCACUCAAUACGUUCAGUCUUGCAAUAGUUUCUUGUACUAUUUGGGCUGCAAUGGAGCUAAGUGAUUUCCGUAUUGCAUUCUUAAUGUUCUCUGAGGCUAUACAUCUUUCCAUCAAAAUCACUGAGAGACAACAAUGGCAUUACGUUGGAGAACUAAUUUUGCUUUAAAUCCUAAGGUGGCAAUUUCAUGGAAUAUCUCUCAUUGCCAGCAGGCCCAAAUCACCACUUUGUACGCGUUUUAGUACUUGCAUAUGUAUAUAUAUUGAAGCUUCAAGGUAGAAUUCAUUGGAAAGUUGUACUAACUGAUCCCAAUUGCUAUGGAGACUAGUGAUAUCAUUUGUUAGCAAUGUUCCUCUUGAUAAUGACUCUCUUUCUCUGGUUUUCAGGAUUUGAAAGGCCUUACAAAUGGAGAUGCCUUAUCAUUUCAGUUUUUUAGGUCAUUUGUGGAGAGCAGAGUAGAAUAGUUACAGUGACUCUUCACUCACCACAUGUGGGAGUGUUUUAAUGUAUCUUUAGAACUAUGCGUGCUUUUCUCUUGAAUCUGUU